AUGCCGCCGCCAGUCAAGGCCUUUCUGGCACCUUACAACCAUCUCCGCUACAGAUACCCAGAGACCUGGAGAAGGUUAGUUCAAAUGCAGGAGACGAGGGAUCCCUGUCCAGAGGGCCUCGAGAUGAAAUCGAGUCUGGACAGCGGCAUGAAAAAGUCCGCAUCACUGCCAAGUGUCUCGAAGAAGCCAAGCAAACACAGGUCUGAUAGUGAGGGUCAUCGAAGGAGAAGACAUGGAGAGAAGGAGGGAGGCCACAAGUCAAGGAGGAAGAAGGAGCUCACUGAGGAGGAGAAGGUUUCCAUGCUUAGGAGGAUGAAUGCCUUCGCCAAACGGAAUCCAAAUGGUGGUGUCGCUGAAGGUGAUGGCAGCUAUCAUCACAUUGUGACAUGCAUUUGGGCAGCAAUGGCAUGCAAUGGCAAUGUUACGAGCGACAGCAAAGGACUUUCUGAUAUGCAUUGCUGGACAAAGUCCUGUAGGCUGAACAUUGCUGGAGAGGCGCUGAUUGCCGAUGAGUCGGACUAUGUGCAGAUGCCAAGUGAAGAGGAGAUCGAGGCCUUCCGGCAGCGGAUCCACUGCUGCGUCCCGUUUUUGCUGCUGAGCAUUGCUCCGUUCGUGGCCAUCUACGGCUUCUGCGUCCCAGAGGCUUUACUGGCGCCCUGGUGGGUGUUUGUCGCUGGCGCUGCUGGCUGGUGGCUGGCAUUCAUCCUGAGAGUUCCGGUGAUCCUUGCGGGCAAGGGCAUGGUGAACCAGUCUCAACGACAGAACAUCACAGUUCUUAUCUCGGGCCCAGCAGAGGAGAGCGUCCGCAUCGCCAUGUUGUUCUUCUUUGACUGGAACCGUCUUUUUGCGUACACCUUCGCAUUAGGUUUGGGCUGGACUGGUCUUGAGCUGGUCUUCACUGUAGUGCAAUGCCUCGCCAGCAUUCAAUUGCUACAGGGUGUGAAUCGAGGAGACGCUCAAGCCAUUGAGGCAUUCAAAGCUUUGGGAGCGCAAACAGGGCGGCCUGACCCCUUGGCCGUUGACCCCUUCUGGGGCGUUUUAGAGCGGUGCAGCGCCCAUGCGAUCCACAUCUCAAUGUCCCUUUAUGGUGCGCUUUCUCCUUGGUCUUUGCUGGUGACUGCGCCACUGCACUCCUUCCUGAAUUGGUUUACCGUGACAAUGGUGCCAAAGAUUGGCAUUCUCAUUGUCGAGUUACUGCUCUUUUGCGCUGCUGUUGCGUUGAUGGCUGCGGCCCUGGCAAUCUGGGGGCAUUGA